GUGACUGUGAGAGCCGAGACAGCGUGCUGAGCUUUGAACGGAGAGGGUGUAUAUAUACAUAGGAGCGUAGAAUGUCAUUUAACGAGAGCGUACAACUGAUUUCUACCACACUACAAACAUCACCGACGAUGAAAAAGUCUAACGUAUGUCGGUGCCUGUUCGGUCGUCCGGACCGGGGCACAGAAAGCAGUUUACGGGACCAACUGAAACGGGAAAUGGACGAGGAACUGGGAGUGAAGAAAAUAGAGUGGGGAUUUGAUUUCGAGAUGGACAAGCCCUUGUGCAAUGGCCCAUACGAAUGGACCGAGGUUUCAACCGAGGACGUACCGGCAUACUACACACAGUCUUCUUACGUGUCGAGGAGUAAAGCCAGAUCUGGUGGCCAUCCUAGUGCUAGAUUACGAAAGAAUUUAUUUUCCGAAACGGAGCCGGAGGAUGCAUCUUCCGUGUUGUCGUUUUCGUCCGCGAGGCUGCGAGGACAUUUGGACUCUACACAGAGCUGCCUGAGUGACUCAUCACUCUCCCCGGCUACAUUGAACGAUACACAGACGUCAAAUACUGACCCUAUUCAGAAGGAUAUAACCACACCGUGUGUCAAAAAACUCACAAAUUUGGGAGUUUCGGACGAUUUGAAAAAAUCGGAAUCUGUGUGCUCAACUGGAUCUACGAGUAGCGGUAGCAACAGUACUUGUGGAGUAGAACUCUCAAAGCCUAAAGUACAGUCCUCUAUGUUCGAUUAUUUGAGGGUACGAAAGCGAAAAGCAAGUCACUCCCCAUCAAGCAGAAUUUCAAAGAGUUUGCGUCGAUUGUGAUUUCACCCGCUGAGUGUGGAAUGCUGUGAUGCGCACAUGUGCACAGACUGCAGGACUGUCGCUUGUGCCUGGUGCAAACUAUGCAGACUGCUCCUAGUGCUGCUGUGCAACUCACCCCAAGUGCUGUGUAUAGGGAUGUGAAAAAAAGACUUGUACUUGAUUAAAAGGAAAUGUACACACCCCUCCCUAGACCCUAGGGCUUGUACAGGACUCUGUCGGAGCCAAAGGCUCUCCAAGUUUAAUUUAACUCGUAUUUAAAGUACAUAACGUUGUUUUAUGUAGUCCUGGUUUGUGAAACUGUUAGGUGCAUAUGUUUGAGAGGCUGAGAAUGCGUAGCAGCGCUUUACCAUCGACUUUAUUUGACCUGGCAUUUUUUUUUUUUUUUUUUUUUUUCCUUCAGGACGGGACAUAGCCCCGAUAAUCGAUCUCAAAACAGUCUGCUUUCUUUUGGAAAGCAGAAAUCAACUUUGUGGUGUUGAAUGCAAGAGAAACUGUUUCCGUUUUAUUUAGGUCCAUGUCUAGUUGUAAUAUAAUGAACAUUACCGUGUUAUAAGUAGCCGUACAGAUAUUCAUUUUUGUUAUGAACAUGUAUACGUAUUCUAUUUUCAUCGCAUUGUAAAUGCUUAUUUAUCAUUGCAACUAUUCACUUUGGUUUUGUUUGCCAUGCUGAUGUAACAGUAACCGUUUAUUCACGGCUAUUCCAUCAUUGGCUAAUCCUUUUCAAGAGUUGUUUUCAUUGGUUGUGAAUAAUAGUUAUAAAGGCAAACAAUUAUUCAUCCGUUUCAUUGGUCCGUAGUUGUUUUUAAAAAGGAAUUACGAAGGGUAUACAUGCUGUGUAAUGUACAAGAGUGUGGGUGUAUUAGAGGAUAGAGUUGUCUCUCUUGUUACGUUCCACCUACCUUCCUUCCUAGUCUGUAUUCUUCAGCUGUCGAUCUUCUUUGUUUUUUGGAUUUUUUUUGCAAAUAUUGUUGAAGUUUUUUUUUUUUUGCGAAAGAUUGAUUUGUUGCUUUGUAUCAUUUAUCUGUGUAUGCAUGAUUGUGUAUGCUUAUAAUAUAGGAUAUCAUAUCCCCACAUCAAGGCAUAAAAUCACCUGUGCUUUGGUACAAGUCAGUGUGACAUUUGAUUGGAUGGGCUAUAUAUUUUAGCACUUAAUUUUUAUCCAAUCAAAGCCAUCUAGAUUCAGCUUUAAAGAGAAUAUAAAGACCUGAGAGAAAAGAACAUCACUACAGAGCCAUUUUAUACCACCUCUAAAUAAAUGUCCACAGCAUGUGCAAUUAUCAUAAAAUAUACUUGAGAUACUUGUUGUCAUUUAAAUAUCAUAUCUUUGUUUAAAUUUUCAUUUGAUCUCAUUAAGUUUUGCUGUAGACUAGACUGACAAUAACUGGAUUGUACUGGCACUGAAUUAUAUUGUUGGAUGUAACCGAGAAAUAUUGUUGCGAGAAUGAACCAAAUAAUAACGAAAGCUGUCUCUCCCUCCUCCUCU